AUGCAGAAAAGACUCACUUCUCCCCACUCCCACUGUCGAACCCAAGCACCGAACCUUGGAGGACCGAGCUUUCUCCACCUCUGCUCCCACUCUCUGGAACUCUCUCCCCCCUCACCUCUGGAACUCUCUCCCCCCUCACCUCUGGAACUCUCUCCCCCUCAUCUCUGGAACUCUCUCCCCCCUCACCUCUGGAACUCUCUCCCCCCUCACCUCUGGAACUCUCUCCCCCCCUCAUCUCUGGAACUCUCUCUCCCCCCUCACCUCUGGAACUCUCUCCCCCCUCACCUCUGGAACUCUCUCUCCCCCCUCACCUCUGGAACUCUCUCCCCCCUCACCUCUGGAACUCUCUCCCACCUCACCUCUGGAACUCUCUCCCCCCUCACCUCUGGAACUCUCUCCCCCCUCACCUCUGGAACUUUCUCCCCCCCUCACCUCUGGAACUCUCUCCCCCCUCACCUCUGGAACUCUCUCCCCCCUCACCUCUCCCCCUCACCUCUGGAACUCUCUCCCCCUCACCUCUGGAACUCUCUCCCCCCGCACCUCUGGAACUCUCUCCCCCCGCACCUCUGGAACUCUCUCCCCCCUCACCUCUGGAACUCUCUCCCCCCUCACCUCUGGAACUCUCUCCCCCCUCACCUCUGGAACUCUCUCCCCCCGCACCUCUGGAACUCUCUCCCACCCACCUCUGGAACUCUCUCCCCCCUCACCUCUGGAACUCUCUCCCCCCUCACCUCUGGAACUCUCUCCCCCCCUAACCUCUGGAACUCUCUCCCCCCUCACCUCUGGAACUCUCUCCCCCCUCACCUCUGGAACUCUCUCCCCCCUCACCUCUGGAACUCUCUCCCCCCCUCACCUCUGGAACUCUCUCCCCCCUCACCUCUGGAACUCUCUCCCCCCUCACCUCUGGAACUCUCUCCCCCCGCACCUCUGGAACUCUCUCCCCCCGCACCUCUGGAACUCUCUCCCCCCGCACCUCUGGAACUCUCUCCCCCCGCACCUCUGGAACUCUCUCCCCCCUCACCUCUGGAACUCUCUCCCCCUCACCUCUGGAAGUCUCUCCCCCCGCACCUCUGGAACUCUCUCCCCCUGCACCUCUGGAACUCUCUCCCCCCUCACCUCUGGAACUCUCUCCCCCCUCACCUCUGGAACUCUCCCCCCCUCAUCUCAGAAACUCGGACUCACUAA